AUGGGAGGAGGAAACAAGUGGCAUUCCUGUGUCGGAGACAUCAAGUCUCACGCUGGUUUUGGCUGGAUCUAUAAUGGCCCUCGCCCCAACUGGUGGAAGAAAUGGAUGCAUCCCACUGCCAGGCUGAUGGGAGAGCCUACUCGUUUACCACCCAAGUACAAUCGAGUGGGUUUUUACAAGGCGUUUCUGUUCUGGCAGCCCACCGUCCUGGCUGCCACACCAGAGGUAUGCAAAUUCGUGCUCUCCAAAGACAGCUUUGAGACUGGAUGGCCGGAGAGCGCUGUUGCGCUCAUGGGACGAAAUUUGUUUGCGGGAUUAACUGGAGGGAGCCACAUGAAGCUCCGGAAGUUUACCAAGCACGCUGUGAACAAUCCCAAAGCUCUCAAGCAGUAUGUUCCCCUCAUCGUCAACAACAUAAAUGCCUUGCAAGUUGAUCUACACAUUCAAGUUUCUAACUGUCCUCUACCUUUAUAUGGGAAAGACUCCAGUCUCGACGGGAAUGAAACUUUCUCCUUGUACUACAUUGUCAACCAAGGCAUUCAGGCUCUCUCCAUCAACUUCCCCGGCACUGCCUACAACAAAGCCUUGAAGCUGGAUGACAAAGGAGAGGCUCUGGAAAACGCUCAAAUCAUAGACGUGCUCAACAUGUACAUGAACGCUGGUUGCCGAUUAAACACUAGAAGAGCCUGGGUAGCGUUGAGUUUAAUGGUGAGUGUGCAUCUUCUUUCAAGUGAUUUUCAAGUGAUUUGGCAUGCGGAAGGACAAGUACACAUGGAUCCAAACGUCCACCCAGACCCAGAAAAGUUUGAUCUAGAGUGCUGCGAGGUACAAAAUUCUCAGCCAUUCUCUGUAACUCUAGCUGGGGUUUUUCACUAG